UAAGUUAAAUCUUGAUAUGAACAUAUAAAUUAAUGUAAAUUUGACAAGAGAUGAAGUGCAACCAUUAACUUCACCAUUGAAAGUAAAAGAACAUUUACUUAGAGAAAUCAAAAGAACAAUUACUUAGAGAAUGAAAAACAUUUCAUUUAAAAGUAUACUAUUGGUUCUCUUCUUGUCGCCGUCUUCUUUGGUAAGACAAAAUUUUGCGUACGUGGAUAAGUGCGAUACAGACGAGACAUGCAUGCAAAACUGUUUUUGCGACAAUGCGUACUGCGACAAAAAAUGCCAUAUUUGCGUGUAUAAAUUAUAUGGUAUGGAUUCAGUUGAUAUCAGUUCUUCCAAGCAGCAUGGUAUUCAAGAUCAUAAAGGUUGUGGCAAUGGAGCACCUCCACCGCGAAGAUUGAGAUUAUAAUGAUUAAACUAGAUUAAGACCUGUGCUAGAGCACAGGUUGAAAUUCAUUUUAUUU